UUCUCAAACUCUAUGCUUGGGAGAUGUCAUUUAAGGAAAAGAUUGCUGCUGUGAGAAAACUGGAGCUGAAAUAUAUCUGGAAGGCUGGCAUAUUUGGCUGUGGUUUCAUGUUCUCCUGGUACAUAGCUCCCUACCUUGUGUCCCUGGCAACCUUUGCGACCUUCAUCUUUGCAUCAGAUAAUCAUUUUCUGGACCCUCAGACAGCGUUCGUAGCCAUUUCCCUGUUCAACAUACUGAGGUUUGCUGUUAACAUUGCUCCGGCUGUCAUCACAGAAGUGGUCACGGCCAAUGUCUCGAUGAAGCGGUUGAGUAAAUUUCUGAACAGUGAGGAUCUUGAUGCAAAGUGUGUAUCUCACAGCUCCUUGGAGC